GCCACGCCGCAUUGAUGCAGUAAUCCCUGCAAAAGGAUUCCCAACCAAGUACUGAGUGCAUUAAUUGACAUUUGAUUUUGUUUUGCUGUUAUAAAUCUUUUUUUUUUAACUUGGUUUGAGGAAAUAAUCAAAUUUUUUGGGAUGGUAUUUUUGCGUUUUUUUAAGCUGUAUGCCAUAAUCAGCAAUAUAAAAAUAACAAAAGGCUUGUAAUAUUUCAGUUAAUGUGUAAUGAAUCCAGAAUGUAUGACAUUUUCAUGUUUUUAGUUGCAUUCAGAGAAAAUAAAGGACUUUAUCACGAUAUUCAAAUUUUCUGAGACAGUCCUGUACAGACAUGUAGACUAACAAUGUCACAUUUUGGUGGUAACAUGGCUGCAUUAUUUUUGCAAUAACGUCAUCACUAGAUCCGUGUUUUUUAGUUCUGUUUCUUUAUCAUGUGUGAAGUUUACGACAUGUCAGUUUCGAAUGCUUCAUAAUGCUCCAUUUUUGGUUACAAUUAGAGUGAUGAGUGUGUUCAUUUACGAUCAAAAAUAUAAUAAUGCCCAUUUUUGAUUGACACUGUCAAAAAGGCUAUAUUUUAAAGCAGGCAUAAGACGUUCAAACAACGUUGAGAACUUGUUGAAUUGGGUCCAGACGUUGAAGAGCUCAAACAUAACAUCAUGCUUUUUGAAGACGUUUAAUCAACUUCUGACAUUGAGUUGACUGUUGAAUAUUAAUCAUUUCCCAACCAAUAUUUUACAAAACAAAUGUAUUUAUUGUCAGGUUGUGACCUUAAUUUGACCAUUGAGAUUUGCUCAUUUCCCAACCAACAAAGUGGAUCCAACAUUAGACAUCAACACUGUCUCAAUUUACUAAUACAACUAUGUAAAGGCCCUUAAGGAGGUGGCGACUUGUCCAGGGUAUACGCCGCCUUCUGCCCGAUUGGAGCUGGGAUAGGCACCAACGACCCCAAAGGGAAUAAGCGGUAGAAAAGUGAUGGAACUAUGUGAAGGACAUGUCCGUAUUAGACUUUAGACUUUCUUUUAUUGUCAUUAAAAUUUGAACUUUUGCGGUACAGAUAAAAGCAAAAUUUUGUUGCAUUAGCUAAAGGAUAAAAACAGCAAUAAGGUGCAGAUAUGAAUACAUAUAUUACUGUAAAGAUAAAUAUAUUGCACUUUUGUAUUGCAUCUAGGUUUAUGGAUGUAUGUUAUAUUGUCUUUAUAUUUGCUAGAAUAAUUUUUAUGUCUCAGUUAUCACGCAACUCUUAUGCUUAAAGGCCGUUGCUGUAGUUAUUAUCAAUUGUGCUGAAGUUGUACUUUUCUUUAUAAUCAAAGUUGUAUCAAUGUCUUGUGCGUGCUGGGUAAGUAGUCUUAGUAAGAAUUAAUUUGCAAAUCAUGGUGGAAAUGAAGUAUUUGCUCAAUAACAAAAGUUAAACGUUAUAUUGUACCGUAGCCGUUGUUGGCAAUGACAGAAAUCAAACCUUUCUCGUAUAGGUCUUCACCAGGUUUGCUCAUAUUGUUGCCAGAAUUUUGGCCCAUUCUUAUGGAGCCACUUCCUUGUUGCCCGAGCGCCGUGUUUGGUAUCAUUGGAAGACCAUUCCAUGUCUCAUCUUCAAUGCUCUUGCUCAAAAUCUCACGAUACAUGACCCCCGUAUAAAGCGUGAUGUUUCCACCUCCAUGCUUUAUAUUACGAUGGUGUAUUUGGAAUGCUACUCAGCAUUCUUCUUCCUCCAAACAUGGAUUUUUACCAAAUAAUUUAUAUUUUGCUGUCUUUUGACCACAUGACUUUCUCCCAAAGCUCUGGAACAACCUCGUGGUCCCAGGCAAACUUAAGACGGAUUUGUGCUGGCUUAAGUUUCGGGGCACGUGUUACUAACGGUAACCUUUAUUAACUGGUCAUUCACCAGGUCCCCCCCUGUGUAGUUCUUGAAUUUUUUGUUCACCGUUCCUAGGUUAGGUUCGGCCUUACGGGAUGAGCCCUUGCUUAGGAGCUCCAGACUGACGGACAUUACCAAUGGCCUUGUAUGUCUUCCAUUUUUCUAAUACUUGCUCCCACAGUUGAUUUCUCCACACCAAGCUGCUUGCCUACUGCAGAUACACUCUUACCAGCCUGGUAAAGAUCCUUACAAUUUUGGUCCUGGUGCCCUUGGACAGCUCUUGGCCAUUGGUGUAGUUUGGAGUCCGACUGUUUGAGACUGUGGUCAAGUUUCUAUUAUUAAAUAGGUGUCAGAUGAAGUUAGAAGUUCUUGUGUUUGUUAUUGACCAAAUACUUAUUUUCCACCUAAUACAUUCUUAAAAUCCUACUUUGUGAUUUCCUGGAUUUUUUUUUUUCUUUUUCCCGCAUUGCCUUUCACAGCUGAAGUGGACCUCUAAAGAAAAUUACAGACCUCCGUCAUCAUUUUAAGUGGGAGAACUGGCACAAAAGUUGGCUGAUUAAAUGUUUUUUCCCCCCCACUGGAGCUCCUGAGGUGUGAAGUGGCCACAGUUAUCGCACAGUAGAAACAUUUACUCCGAUGGAAUCCUCCGUUCUUCUUCGCUCAGACUCGCUGUUGCCAUGGUGACAAGUCCUCCACCUUCAAGAAAAUGAUGUUUCUGGCUUCUUCUUUCAGUGACAGGAAAGACUCUAGAGACUUGGUACAAAUGCUCCUGAACUGCACCUCGGUCAACCAGACCGGCACUGUGUUCACUUCCAAACUGAGCGCCGCUGCAGACAUUUGUGUGGGCUUAGCUAUCCUCUCUGUGGUUCUGCUGUCAGUUCUGGGCAAUGGCGUGGUCCUGGUGAUCUGUUACCGCCGCCGCAAGAAGAUGGUGGGCACCGAGCUCCUCUGCGUCAACCUGGCCGUGGUGGAUUUCAUGUGCUGCAUCUGCUUCUACCCGCUCUCCAUCCUCUCGUCCUUCCGGCACGCGUGGCAGGGAGACCACGUGACGUGCGUGUACUACGGCCUGGGCUGCUUCAUCUUUGGCCUGUGCGGCAUGUUCACCAUCGCCGCCAUCAGCGUCAUCCGCUACCUGAAGACCUGCUACAGCUUGCUUUACGCCGUGUGGCUGGAGGGCGCCAACAUCCGGCUGGUGUGUUUGGGCAUCUGGCUGCUGGCGGCGGCCUGGUCCAGCUUCCCUCUCUUGGGCUGGGGCGAGUACGUCCCCGAGCCGUACGGACUGUCCUGCACCGUGGCCUGGCGCGGCUACCACGCCUCCGCCAAGGACGCCGCCUACGUCAUCUGCUCCUUCACCUGCUUCACGCUGCUGCCCGUGCUGCUCAUCCUGGUGUCCCAGUGCCAGAUCCUCCACAAGGUCUCCCGCUUUUCCUACUCGCUGUCGGCACGGGGCGUCCACAACAACCUGCGGCGGGCCGAGAAACGACUCUCCAUGAUGUUCUUCUGCAUCAGCCUUGGUUUCGUGGUGGCCUGGGCGCCGUACGCCGUGGUUUCUUUCCUCUUCAUCUUCCACAAGGACAAGCCGUACAUGGCUCCGGAGGGCUUUGUGCUCCCCGCCCUCUUUGCCAAGAGCUCCCACAUCUACAACCCCUUCAUCUACUUCUACUUCAACAAGACCUUCCAGCAGGAGCUGCGCUCCCUGCUUCUGUCUCUCUGGCCGAGUACGGGCGGGAAUCGGGUCGGCGUCCACGUGGCCCCCGAGCCGAUCCACAUCCAGCUGCAGGAGAGAAGCUGCGUGCGGAAGGUGUUCGCUAUGUCGCACGAUCGGACGUGCAGCAAGAGCCGUGGCAAAUGUAGCAAAGGUACGAGCGCUAACUCCGCCCGUGGCAGACCGGUGCCCAAAUGCUGGGGGUCCGUGUCCAAGAACGCCCCUGUUUGCUCGGAAAAUAAAUCUGCCUAUAACUCUUUGCCUGCUUCUAUGGGCUCUAUUUAG